AUGCCACCAAAAAAGAGCAAGGAGACAAAGGUAUGGUGUUUUCUAGUAGUAAACGUGAUUUUGAUUUCUUAAACUCGUGUUUGUACUUGUCCAUAGGCGACGUUCUAUGUGGGUAACAAUCAAUAUGUUUCUCGCCUGCAUUUGUUCGAUUUGCAGGGUUUUCCGGAAAGACAGGUAUUAAAAAUACGUAUCUCGCGAACCAAGCGAUCAUUGUUUCAACAGAAGACAACCUCGUGCUAAUGAAGAUUGUCUGCAACGCUGUUAAACAAUAUUUUAUUUAACAUUAACUGCUUAGUUAAUAAGCAUUAACCGCUUUAAGUUAGACAAGCAGGUUAACGCCCGGGAGUUAACGCCUCGUCUAGCUUUUGCUAUUUGCGGGCGGAGAUGGCAAAAUGAUGUGUAUGAAAAUAAAGUACAGUGUUUGUUUAAUAACGGCCCACUUGCUUUAGUGUACACAAUCGACCAUGUUCACGAUUCGAUACCCGCCAUCUUUUGCACUUGAGCGAUGUCACGUGGUUUUUCAGUAGGGAAAAAACAAACCGGGGGGGAAUUCUCAUAUAAAAGUGACAAGGAUGCUAGUUGAGAACACCACUAAAAGGUACCAGAAUCUUGUUUUAUGGGCGUGUCCCAAAUUCAGUUCAACCCCUAAGGGAUACCAAAUCAACAACAACAAACUGGAACUGCAAAUUUUAAUAGUAAUAAAGAUGACUUUCAGACACUUUGUUCUCGUAGACUUUUUGAAAGCAUUGUCAUAAAUCUUACCGAGACAACUCUAGCAGCAGUCAUUUUAGGUUUUAGCACCCUAAGCGGUACCAAUUCACAAAUUUAAACCCCUAAAAGGUACAUGAGCACCCCUGUCACUUUUAUAGGGGUACCCCAAGGCUGACUGUACACAGAAAAAUAAUCUGGGUUGGCAUAAUUCUGACCAAAGCUCACUUACAUGACUUGCAUAUGACUGUGUUUUAGAAUGUUAAGGGGAAAGGAAAACGCUUAGCCAAGGAAAGCAAAGCUAGUGAUGAUGAACUUGAAGCUAAGAAAUCUAAGAAAGAUGAUAGUGAAUCAGAACACUCAAAUGUAGACAAUGCGGAUGAAGAAGAAGCUGACUUUUCAUGUGCUGCUUCAAAUAAGUAACUAAACCACAGUUGUUGACAAUACAGUAAUUAGCCCAUUUGGACCUCGGAAUUUUGCCGAAAAAUGUGUUUUGAAGGUAGUUGAGCGGUUUUCUGGUCUGUCUUGCUAAAAGAGCUAAAACUUACCUCAAAGCCGUUUACAGGUCGUACACUUCUCAGCCUUCUAAUCCAUAUUUAAAAUAUUGGCUUUCAAGGUACAGGCAUGCGCAGGAAGCAAAAUUUUGAGGUAGUUUUUGCGUUUAAAACUGAUCAACACAGCAUUCUUGACUUUUUCUUUUUCCUUUAGCUUACUUUCUCUCCUCCCCUCUCCAUUCUCUUUUCUUGUGUGAUAUUUAUUUUUUUCUUUUGCUGGGCAUUUAGUACGCUUCAUUUUGGUGGGAACGUUCUUGGGAAAGUUUUAGGAUUAGAUGAAAGGACAUCACCCUGCACAAGCUGGUGGAAAAAGUUGUCCUUGACCAUUAAAAAUGGUGAUGUUACAAGCAGUGGAAGGGAUGUGGAUCCACAUGGGUAGUUACGGGCAGUUCAGGGACGAUUGGGUUAUUUUUUGCUCAAAAAAUAUUGCGUCACAACAAGUUAUUGGUGUGGUGCUUUUUCUGGUCCAAUGCCAGGGUUUUUUCCUUGCUACCAUCAGCAUGACCCUUGGCAAGACAAUUAGUGUUUAUUUGUUAAAUGAAAACAUUUACAGAUGUUCUAGUACACUGUAGUAAGGACAAGCUGCCAAGUUACUUACUAUAGUAACAUAUUUCUUUUAGAAAAUGGAACUUUAAGAUUUCUAGCUGGAAUGUAAAUGGUAUUAGAGCAUGGCUGGUAAGUAAAUUGAUGCAUACAAAAUACAUUUAGCUGUUCUUUUUUUUGAGCAAAAUUUUCUGUACUGCAACAUGUUUUUGUUUUGAAGGCUAACACUAAAUUUCUUUUCUUCAGAAAAAUGGCUCAGCAUCAUAUGUGAAAAACGAAAAGAUCCAGACAUAUUCUGUAUUCAAGAGACUAAAUGCCAAGAGAAAGAUGUUCUCAAGGUUUUCAUCUACAGUUUAUUUUCCAUCUGUUACUUAA